UCAUGAAUGUGCUCACAUGUGCCCCACAGCACAUCUGAGAGCUUUGGGGGCUCCUGCUCCCAGGUGCCUGUGGGCCCAAAAAAGGCUCUCAAGUCCAAGGGCACAAACAGCUGGGGGUGGUGGCUGUGCUGGCAGAGGCUGCCCCUCGCUGACACAGCACUUCUCGGGGUGGCGGGGGGGUGAUGGCAGCAGAGGGGACAGGCCGGGCUGCCAGCAGGUGGGCUGAUGCUGGCCAGGCUCCUGUGCACAGGUUGUCCCCCAGGACCAUGCUGAACGUGCUGCUGCUGUGCUGUGGGCUGCUGCAGGGGAUCCAGGCUGCCCUGGAUCUCAGGACCGCUGACCUCAGCUGCGGCCACCUGCAGAAGGUGAGCGGUGGGCUGGAGGGGGCGGACAGAGCCCGCCACGGCAGCCUGCAGAGGAAAGGCAAGGAGGUGUCUGCGGAGCCGGCAGGAGCUCUCCCAAGGCUGGGGUUUGAGCAGAUGGCCCUGGCUGUCCAAGAAGCUGAUGGUGACCUUGUGCAGAGAGGCAGCCUGCUGGAACAACAGGCAUCAUCCACAGAACUGCAAGCUGAGGGCCGUGAGGAGCGCUCCCCCCGCCGCUGUGUCCGGCUGCUGGAGUCCUGCCUCGGCCACCAGAUCCCGUGCUGUGACCCCUGUGCCACCUGCUACUGCCGCUUCUUCAACGCCUUUUGCUACUGCAGGAAGAUCAGCACCAGCUUCCCCUGCGGCAAGAACUAGCGCCCGUGGGGCUGCCAGCUCCUCGCCGCUGUGUGUGCCUCCUUCCCUGCAGCUCCAAUAAACCAGCCCUUUGCAAAAGCCACCGCAGAGUGGGGACGGUGUGAUGUGUCCGCUCGGGCUCUCAGGGGAGAGGGAGUGGCAGCAAGGCGAGGGUGGCCUGUGCUAAGCUGAGCACAGCUGACACAUCUAUGGCAAACCAGAUGUGCCUUUCCUGGCCACACAAGAGGUGUUUCAACAGCAGGGGUACCCCAGGUGAUGUUCUGGCUAUGCUGCUGUUACCCACAAAAUCGGGUUCGUCCCCUGGUGUGCACCGAGCUGACAGUGACACGCUCCAGAGAAACAUCGAUUGUUUAUUUCAGAGCUGCCCCAGCCCGGGUGCUCGGUGCCAUUCCACAAAUCCAGCACACCUCAGCGGGAUUUCCCUGCCAGUAUUCACACUGAGAAGUUCGGGGUUAGUAAUUUCUCGAGCACAGCUCCACUAUUAUGUUUAGUAAUUUCCAUAGCUAUCACAUAACUCUGGGUAAUUUAUGCUCAGGAGAAGGGUCUUCACCUGGGCAGGGUCUUUUUGACCAGCAGGCAUGAUUUUUAGUGUUACAGUGAUGACAAUUCAGCUGUAAGAUAACUGGAGCACGAGUAUUUCAUCAGGUUAACAAUGUACAUACAGACAUAUAUGAAUUUCUUGACUUACUACAUCCUUAAAUCUUGUUCCAGGAUAUUCUUGAGUGAGGGGUGCUGGCUGCUGCCUGUUCCACUGAUCAGGUCUCCUUUCUUCCUGAUUAGGCGCGAAAAUAUACAGAGGUCUUACAUCAAAAAACAUCCUGCCUUAAGAUAACCUUGACAUAUCCCACCUUUACAUCAAACAAUUUUUUUUUUUUUUUUACAGAGCAGCUCCUGGCAAAGCCCUUUAACUAGCUAGGUAUUUCCCGACUAGUAGAAGCGGUGUCUCGGCGACACAGUGAACUUUGCUUGUGUACCCUUCUCCUGCCGGUACCGCUCACGGUGGCUGAGGGGCAGU